AUGCGGAAAUCGUGGGGGAACAAGACCGCGGACGCGAUCAUUUACAAUUCCGCGGUGGAAGCGGAAAACAGGUAUUUGGAGGUUAAGACAGGCAAGCGCCAGGCAUUCAGCAGGUCGCCGUCAGUGGGUCUCGCCCAGGCACUAGUCGAUGCGCAGCGCGAGAACCCGGUCAACAGAAGCCGAUCAUCCAUGUCUCGAUCCUCGACGCCUGUGUCCCGAUCAACUGCAUCACCUAC